CACUAUCCAGCUUUCGCCAACAUCCUCAUCCCUUGUCGCAGUUUCUAUAUGCACACCAUGCAGGGCGGCUGUUUGCCCAGCGCCACCUUCUGAUUUUGAUGUCUGUUAUCCGUACCUUGGCUGUACCUUACUGGGUAGGGCGUAUCUCUCUCAUGGCCUGUUAUUGCUACCAUUGCUACCUCUUCUCCUACCUCCUGUUAUGUACUCACCAACGUUGGGCGGCCUACUCAUGCGCCACACAGAGUCUAGUGACGUUCUGUCGACAUCAAUAUUAAAGAGUACCAGAGUACCUAUUCACUCCUUCCAUGUCUUUUGCCCGGCUUCCUACCUACUUGAUCUCUUAUAUGGUCUUGGCAUUGGCCGUCUGCUAUUCUCCUCCAGCUUCCGCCUCAGACACGAUGCAACCGGGAACGUUAUUACCACCAAGCCAUUGAAGCUAUACUUAUCUCGCGUGUACUAUGUGAUCUCCAUUCUGCUUCUGUCCCACCCAUCCCUUUCGUGUCUCCCGGGAGUCAUGCCCAUUAUGCUGUCUCGGUCCAACUUCAGCAUCCGGAGGCUCAUUUCGCACCGGCGGCCACGGAACACCGGCGAGGACGAAGCGUCUUUCUUAUUGGAACAAGAUGAGAGAGGAACCCCGAAAGCCGCUGCUCAGCAGCACAAGGUCUGGUCAUGGAUGACACCGAAGCAGCCGCCAACAAAGCUUCCCGAGCCCAUUAUCGUUGUUAGGAGCACCAAAGAUAUCCAUAGGAUCAACCAUUUGCCUCCGUUACCCGAUACCCCAUUUUCCUCGAAGAGUUCUUUGUGUAGCUGCGAGUACCAUAUCGCCGGCCAGGCCUGGCCUCGACAACUCGGGAGUAGUCCUGCUCUUUGUCCAGUUACAUCAAAGGUUGACCUUGGGAGGCGAUCAACUUCGCCUGCCAGCAUUUUACGUGACGAUGGGCGACUGUCACAUCAACUGUCCCAAACAACAGAGGAGGAAAAUAUUACACCGCCAAUGACCGCAGAGUCGAUGGUUGACCACAGCGAAGCCCUUUCGCCUCUGCCGGGUGUAGGGUCUGGCCUUGGGCCUCGAGCACAAAAGCUCAAGGGUAUCGAAACUCAAGAGAAGGAAGUAGGGCAAUGCUCGGAUAAUGUACAGCGACUGAUCCGAGAGACGGACGAAGCCUUCGGGUCCGUAGGAAACGCUAUCGCCCAGGCAAAGCUGGACCCCGAGCCCUUCAGGAUCAUCGGGAAGCCAAGCCUUGACCACCCCAUAAGAUCCCCUGUUUUUCAACAAAGUAGCCCCCGGAAUCCUCGGAGGGCCGCUGCUCUGACACUGAAGUCUCCCACCAGAACUGGAUCGAUAUCGAAACCAAAGAGAGAAGGACCCCAGAAAUCACGAAGGCGGCCACGGCCAGCCAUAAGGCAGAUCCCAAAAUGGACAAAUAACGCAAAAGAACUGUUCAACAUCCGCCUAUUCGGCCGCAUCGAGGCUGACGAAAUGCUGCCCCUAACCCGACUGGAGGAGAUAAGAUUGAGCAGGUCGUCGCUCCUCCACCCGAAGAGGUCGACGGAGACGCUGCGAACCAUCGAGACCGACGGGAGCGAGACACCGAUCGAACCCUUCCAUCUCCAAGAUCUACCGUCGCGAAUAGGCGCCGCGGGCGUCAGUCUAUCCGUUCCGUCCCCGAUCGAGGAAGUCAGGACGCCUCGCUCGUCCGGCAUCCACUUCGAAGGCGCGGGAACGGAUUGUCCGUCGAAGGCGAGAGACAACAAGGAAAACAAAGGAACCACUUCAUCAGCACAGACCGAGAUGAUUUCCAACAAGGACACCAUUGCAUGUAGGGACAUCUCCUUUCCCGCGCCACCAGCGAGGAAUCCCCUUCGACUCGCACGAGGACAGCAUCCUCCCUUGCCGGCCAUCCCCGAAGUGAUGGUCACAAGCCCCGAAAACGCUCUUCUGUCUCCUUCGUCCGAUCCGGCAGCCUCGAAAAACGAGGUCUUUAUGUUCCUCCCUUGCAACCCCUACACCCUUACCGUGCCGACUUUCCGCCAUGGCCCGAUCCGGCUAGCCAAGGCAGACCUCGCCAUUGCCUACAGCUCAUCCAAUCUUGCUGUGGCUGCGCUCGAUGAGACGCUCGACUGGACAGCCUUUCAGAUGGCCAUCCUCGGCGGGGCGGGCGACUUCUUUGGCGAGGCGACCGACUACAGCCGUCGUUCCGACGGCGACGUGGGCGAGGUUGACGAUCUCUGUGACUGGUUCGAGUCCUUCGGUUUCGAGAACCACGGGCUGCUCAUCGGCGAGCGAGUCACACCAUCGUCGACCCCGGGCGGUGCGAAGAGGAGAUCCAGAAACUCACGAGCCAGUGCUGCGAGCGCUAAGAGGACCGACACCGGCGAGGGCCUUCCGAUCCCCGUGGAGCACGAACAUCCGCACGGCUUCUGGAACCAGGGCCAGUUCGACGCCAGCCGCUUCUAUAACGCGCGGGGUUUCGGCAUCAGGCGCUGGGCUAUGGAGGGGCACCCGAAGCGCUACGAGAAGUCGCUGAAUCUCAAUGCGGGCGGCGGGCAGGGACGGAGGGCGAGCGUCUUGAGCCUGCCGCAGAGCCCGAUGAUGGAUCUGGUCGUCGGCAAGGACUCGGACGGGAAGGAAUUCAUCGUGCCCAUGGGAUACAACCUCGGUCAUGACUUGGGCGACUUCCUUAGGUGGGAGGCCGAACAUGUGUGUGCGCCGGGGUUCUAUGGGCCCGGGGAAACUAAUAACGAUAUAUGAUGUCGAUGUCUGGCUGGCGUUUUUGGAAACCCUAUCGACAAGGGUAUUAGAAAGGUAUGGGAAUCUGGGCAUCAUGGAAGGGCGUAUACCUAUAUAUAGUUGAUAUAAUUUGGCGGGCGUGAGCGCCCUUGGUUGGGUAAAAGGCUUUUUUGGCUUGGAGAACCUCCACGCAGAUUGGAGAAAGGAGGCGCUUGGGUGUCAACUGUCAUUACCGUGGCGUUGAGAAGAUCUGAAACUUGGGAAGCGAUGAGCUGGAUUAAGAAUCAUUGAAGUGGCUGGGCCUCUUCGCUCCAGGGAACUAGCUAAUUCCAUAUAAUCUCAGCUAUGAGUGAUCCAGACUUGAUGCAAGCAUAAUUCUUUUCUGUCG